UCAUAAUAUAAAUAUUUUUACUUAUUUUUAUAACCUCAAUAGGCUAAUAAAUUGCGAUCUGCUGUGGCGUUAUGAGAACAGAUAUAACAUUAGUAUUCAAUAAGACGAAAAAGAAAUGGCCAAAUAUAUUGCUCAAAUAAUUGUUUUGGGUGCCCAAGUGGUUGGAAAAGCUUUCGCUCGAGCUUUGAAACAAGAAAUCGCUGCAUCACAAGAAGCAGCAAAAAGAGCUGGUGGUGGACCUCAGGGCGCUAGACGGGCAGCAGCCAACGCUUCAUCAGGCCUCACAUUGGAGGAAGCAAUGCAAAUUUUAAACUUAGAGAAAAUAGACUCGGAGAAACUCAAUAAAAAUUUCGAACAUUUGUUCACUGUUAAUGAUAAGGCAAAAGGUGGAUCAUUUUAUUUGCAAUCGAAAAUAGUUCGAGCAAAGGAAAGAUUAGACACUGAAAUUAAAUUUAAACAACCUCCAGAAAACGAAAAUCCCACAAAGCCAUCUUGAAAAUAGUUUGGGUAUAGUUCCAAUAUUAUUUGUAUAUUAGGUAGUGUAGACUGUUUAUUUAGUGAAAUAAAAUUUGUUUUAUAAAAUAUUUAUUUGUAGAAAAUGGACACAAUAGUGACUAGAAUACAUCAGUCUUCAUAAAAAUGUUGUUUAUGUUGUGUUGAUUGUGUAUAGUUACAAAAUUUUGACUUCUUACUACUUAUAGCAUAAACAGCAAUGUAUAGAGAUCAAUAAAUCUGAUAAGCAAUA